UCUUAUCCAGCUUGCAUCUAAUCUUCCUAUUUUCCAUUCCUUGCCGAACGUACCACCGUAAUAUUUAUUGCAUGCACACACCAUGUCAGACGCCGAUGAACGGCCAAUAAAGCGACGUCUACGACAGCCUUUGUCUUGCCAAAGGUGCCGAAAACAACGAUCGAAAUGCUCACGAGAUCGACCGACAUGCAAACAAUGUCAAACUGCCAAUGUUCCUUGCGAAUAUCUUGAUGCACCGGGUGAUCUUGCAAGCACAGCCUUACGAGAUCGGUUUUCAACACUCCACGGCCAGAUUGAUUCCCUAUUGAGUGAGUUUGGAUUGAUUGAACAACUCGUAUAUAAUCGCGAUCCGGCGAUACGCACAGAUGCGCUUCGGUCAUGGCACAUUAGCAACGAUACUGGCAUAGGGGUUUCGAUCGAUACACAUAUGCAUCACGUAGAAGACAUUUAUGCUGUGCUGCUACAGUUUGCCCGUGACAAUGAUAAUUCAUCAACAGUGACACCGUCCUCCUCAACAUCAUCCUCUUCCUCUUCAACAACAAGAAAUAAUAAUCUCUGGUUAACACGCAACAAUACCAUCUAUCCAACCAUCAAAUUAAGUCAUUUCACGAGUCUGCUACCAGCUACAGCAGCAACAUCACCCGAUAACGCACUGUCACCAACACCAUCCCUUGCAUCUGCCCCCGACCACGAAAAUGCACUCAACCGUGAUACCGUCCAAUGGUUGCUUCAUCUAUACCCAACGUGUCUGUUACAUGGCUCGAUCCUUGGCUUUGAACCGGUCAUGGAAAAGCUAGUACGCAUCAAUGAACACAAAAAACUAAACAAGACACCGAUCCUUCGAUUGCUAUACACGUCCUGCAUGUGCUACAUGCUCCUCCAUGCAUGCUACUGGCAUCCAAUAGAAUCGAUCACCUCAACAACCGAUACUGUCGCACUCGCCCAAAGUUAUUAUGAUGAAGCCAAAGAACUCGUAUCGUCACUCUAUUUCGAACAAGAAACGCCCAGUGUGCUUAUUUGUCACGCCAUCUGUAAUCUCGUUCUUUAUCACAUUGAAAGCGGCAAUACAUCAGUCAUUUAUUUGUAUUCGGGUAUGGCGGCACGAUUGGCGGCGAGUUUGGAUAUCCCGACAUCUGACAAUGAGGAAGAAAAUGUAUAUUUGUUGUCAUCGUCGUCGUCGUCAACGUGUCAAGAGGGUGAUAAUAUGGUCAGCGUCGUGUUAGAGCCAUCUUACAUUCGCUCGAUCCGUUGGUUCUUGCAUUCCUUGGACACGGCAGCGUCACAUUUCCACAACAAACCGUAUGAGGUACAGUUGUACAAUGAGGACGGGCCGCCGUAUCCCGACACGAGUGACAGCCACAACCUCGAUUAUCAGCAACGUAUAUUCCAAUGGCUCGAGUAUCGAACCUGCGAAAUUACACGAGACAUCCGGCGGACGUGCUUUUCAAAUGAUCGGCAACAAGUCCCUUACAAGGAAAUCGAGCGGAUCGAGCAAAAACUGCGGCUGUUUCAAACAUACCUGCUGCGGUACACCUACGACACCAACGACGAUCAAACCGAAAAUUACGACAGCAACAACAACAACGACGACAAUGUGUUAUUAUGGAAACGACGAUGUAAAUACAUGCAUUCGAUCCGGUACUAUGGCCACUGGAUCUUGCUACACCAAACAUACUUGCCUACGCCAUUAUCAGUGGAACGGUGUAGCAAGGCUGCAUUUGCACUGGUGGAUCUAUUCGAUGUAUGGCAGCUCGAUUGCUACUUUCGACCCUGCAUCCAUGAACUCAAACAAGCAUGCGAGAUCCUGGAAUAUCUCGUCGACCAUCAACCCAAUGAAAAACAAAAGGCACUCGAUGCUCUAUCACGAUUGCUCGGGGUCAUUCUUGGUACACCUGUUCAUGAUAUUGCGCGCACACGUCCAUUUAUCCAACGAGUUCAACACAUCCUUGCAUUGCAUCAUCAAUAAAAAAAGACAGCAGCAUCCCCGCCCAUACAACCAAAAAGAAGAGUGAUUUUUGAAUCUUUUACUUCAAAAAAGAAAAAAAGGGAAGGGGUGGUUUUCAAAAAAGUUGUUCUUUUUAAAGGGAAGAAAGAAAAAAAAAAG